AUGGCCGAGGUUAGCAGGCGGGACAUCCGCGCAAGUGCCGUUAGCAAGACGAUCCUCGAGCAGUCCUCCAUGGACUUGACGAAUCUUCGCAUUGGGAAGCAGCGCAUCGUCUCGAAGAAGAAGAAGAUGAGCAAGUUGAAGAAGACGAUUCUGGAAGACCGCGAGUUCCGAGAAGGAGAUUCCAAGGAAUCAGAGUCCGCACCCAGCCGGCUGAACGCCGAUGCUCCGGCCUUCAUGCCGGCCGAGUGGCUGAGGACAGGUACCGAAGAGGAUCGAGCAGCACUCGAGACGCAGCUCGUUCCGGCAAUGAGAGCUCCGUUGCCUGCAGGCCCUGUGGCCGCCUUGGCCGGUGGUCCAGCCGGUCCUGCUCCAAGCCCUGACUGUGAUCCCACUGAAGAUCCUUCAGACGGGUCGGAAGAGAUUGAGCCCUUGUCCAUCAGUGAAAAGAGCCAGAAGCCAAAGGAGGCAGUGGCGAAGCCAGCCGAUCUGGAGGUUCGACAUUACGUCCAUCAGGAGCUCAGUGAUGACCUGGACGAAAAGGUGAAGUUUGUUUUGUCGGAGCUGGUUCGAUUUCAAGAUCGAGCCAAGGAGCAAAACCCGAUGAAGUACGCGAAGCUAAAGCGCUACUGCGUGGGGCUGCGGGAAGCCAGAAGAGCCAUCACGAGGAGCAAAUGCAAGGGCCUCAUUGUCGCGCCCAAUCUGGAAACCUCUAGUGCAGAGGGGGGCCUUGACGAUACCGUGGAGGAUGUGAUCGAACUGGCACGGGAACAUGAGGUGCCUGUUGUCUUUGCGCUGAGUCGCAACAGAAUUGGCAAAGCAAUGGGGAAGAACAUCCGCUUGAGCAUCGUGGCGCUUCACAGUGUUGAUGGUGUUCACCAACAGUUCAAGGAAAUUGUCAAAACCGCCGAAGAGCUUCGGCGGCGCUGGGUCCUCCGGCAGAUGGCUCACGCAACGAGCGAAUUCGCCGAGCAAGUCCAGAAACGUACGGAAGAGAAAGCUGCCCGUGACGCAGCCAGAAGGGAAGAGAAGGAACGCCUGGCUGAAGAGAAGGCGGCAGAGGAGCUGCGCAGGCGGGAAGCGUCCAAAGAGGCGAAGGCUGCGCGGGCGGAGGCGAAAGCGAGGAAAGUUGCGGAACAGAAAGAGCAAGCCGAGCGCCGUCGGGAGGAAAAGGAGGCUCUCGCGAAAGAGCGCGAGGACAGCUUCGCCUUUGCAUGGAGGCACGUGCUUCACCUGUCCUGUGCAUGA